AUGAGCUUAACUACUACUACUGCUACUACUGCUACUACUACUACUACUAUUUCAAUUGGUGAAGUAAAUAUUAGUAGUGGUAUUGAAAAUAUUGUAGUUGAUAUUGGUAGUAAUGGAACAACUGUUGGUUAUCUGUCGAUGAUAAAGUCAUCGGCACUGGUCAAUUCAUUCAUAAACUAUGCUUAUAAUACAUCGGUGUUCUCAUUGUCAUUCAUAGCGUUCUUCAUCUUUGGUUGGAUAUACUUUCUAAAGAUACUGUUUCGUGACUAUGAAGUGAAACUCGUCACCGUACAACUAUCAUUCUCUAUGAUGUUUGCAUUAUCCUGUACAAUGUUUGAGUUGAUCAUAUUUGAAAUAAUGGAUAUAAUGGAUAGAGAUUGGAGAUAUAUGUGUUGGGAAUUUGAUUUAAUCGUAAUGUUAAUAGAUUUAAUUCUAAUAUUACCAUAUUAUCAAUUUUAUUUAAUCUUUUCAUCAAAUGGUAGUAAACUUAGAACUCAUAUACUGAGUUCACUAUCAUUAUGUGGUGAUGAGCGUGCUGAACAUCGUGUACGACCGACGCUCCGGAAUGGAUCCGGUCAGUCGUACCUUUGA